GCUUAAGUUCUGCUGAACGCAGGCGUGUCGCGGGGAAUUCUCUAAAGUAGCAGUAAAGUACCUAAUAUUAGCAACUUAUAUUUUUCUCGGCUGAUUAGCGCACGUUACACGGCGAGGCAGCGGGUCUCUAUAAGGAAGCGGAGGCUCGUCGUCACGUCAUUCGGCAGGAAACGGUCUUUCCUCCCGGAGAGCUGCGCUCUUUUCCGCUGGCUCAAUGCGCCUCUCCGUCCAGAACCCGCGGAAGCCAGCCAGAAGGAAAAAUGCCUCCUUCUCCAGCGGACAGACGCUCUCUGCGGCUCUUAGCGGCGGCUCUCGCCGUGUUUCUAACGGCUCUCCAAGCGCGCACGGCCGGUGCGCUCCAGAUCCAACAGGCGUUCGCGUCUCCCAGCCGCACCAAUAACUUCGUGGUGGACGCGGUGUCGCGUCGCGUUUACCUGGCCGCGGUCAACACCCUGUACCAGCUGAACUCCACGCUCGCCAGGGAGGUGGAGACGCGCACGGGACCGGUGCUGGACAACCCGCUGUGCCACGCGCCGCAGCUGCCGCAGGCGACGUGCGAGCACCAGAAGACGCUCACCGACAACCACAACAAGCUGCUGACGCUGGACCGCACGCAGGGCGUGCUGCUGGCCUGCGGAUCGGUGUUCCAGGGCUUCUGCGAGCUGCGCGCCAUGGACGACGCGUCGCGGCUGGCCGUCAGGUUCCCGCAGGACGGCGCCACCGUGUUCCCCAGCAUGCUCAACAUCGCGGCCAACCACGAGAACGCGAGCACCGUGGGGCUCGUCUUCCGGAGUCACGGCGGCGCGGCGCGGCUGCUGGUGGCAGCGACCUACACGGGCAUGGGGAGCGAGUAUUUCCCCAAGAACCACAGCAAAGAGGACCUGCGCUUCGAGAACACGCCCGAGAUCGCCAUCCGCUCGCUGGACAUCGCGGACCUCGGCCGGCUUUUCACCUACGACAUAAACCCCUCCGAGGACAACGUGUUCAAGAUCAAGCAGGAGGUCAAGCAGAAGAACAAGCUCAGCUUCGUGCACGCCUUCGUGCACAAGAGCUACUCGUACAUCGCCAUCAACAACGACGCGAACGCGGGUGUGAAGGAGAGCCAGCCCAACAGCAUCCUGGCGCGCAUCUGUCUGGACACGGACGCACCGCGCAGGUCCGCAGAGAGCCGCAAGCUCACCGAGUCCUACAUCCAGAUGGGCCUCCAGUGCGGCUCCAGCGGGAACAUCUACAGCCGCCUGCUCUCCAUCUACCCCGCGGACAUCAGCAGCGGCGGCGCAGCGGGCGCGGAGCCCCAUCUGUUCGGGGUGUUCGCCCAGGCGGGCGGCCGGGCGGCCGUGUGCGCCUUCCGUGUGCUGGAGGUGGAGGAGAGGAUCCGCCAGGGCCGCCGCAACUGCUCCAGCGGGCCCAACAGCAACGUGCAGGUGCUGGACAGCGUCAUCCAGGGCUCCGGGGCCGAGUGCGAGCAUAAGGGGGCCAUCAAGCUUCAGGAGGAGCAGCUGAACUGUGGGGCCGCUCACCUGCAGCACCCGCUGGCCCUGAGGAGGCCCCUGAGGGCCCGACCCAUCUAUGAGGCCCCGGGCCUCAGCUCUAUUGCCGUGGACAACGUCCACAACUGCACCGUCAUGUUCCUGGGGACCAGCAGGGGCCGACUGCGAAAGCUGUCUCUGCUGGCUAACCUGUCCGUGGCUAAUCAGUGGUCACUAAAACUCGCCUCUAAUGAACCUGUUCACCACAUCAUGACCUUUGACCCCAGCGACCACAACUACCUGUACCUGAUGACCACACACAACCUCCUGCGUGUUCAGGUGUCUGCAUGUGGACAGUACAGCUCCUGCAGUGAGUGUGUGAGCGCCGGCGAUGCCCACUGCGGCUGGUGCACACUGGAGAGAAGGUGCUCGGUCCAGAAGAACUGCUCCAGCGGGACUCUGGGCCGCUCGUGGAUCAGCACAGGGGACGGAGCCCAGCAGUGUCCCUCCAUGACCAUCACACCCUCAGAGAUCAGCCGCUCCGCUCACAUGAGGAACGUUGGGAUCCUGAUAGAUGGCAGUGUGCCGGAUCUGCAGGGUCUGCAGGUGGAGUGUGAUUAUGGCGUGGGAAUCACCACAAACGCCACCGUACAUCUGGACUACAGCACAACCCAGAUCCAGACCUGCCCUCUGCUGCCCCUUCACAUGUAUCCCACAAUCCCCUUUGGCACAGAUCACAUCACCGUCCCCAUGGCCAUCAGGGUUAAUGGUGUUUCUGUGGUUUCUGGAAAUUUCACCAUUUAUGAGUGUGAACGAACUGGAGAAAUCCACUUCAAAACUGCGUGCACGAGCUGUCUGAGCACGGCCUGGCACUGUUACUGGGACCUGCAGCUCAAUCGGUGUGUUUCCAGCAAAGAAAGCACUCCACGUGUCCUUCUGGAGAAUUCCUCGUUCUGUCCCAGUAUGCUGGCCGAUGAUGUUCCUCCACUGCCCUCUGGAAACACUCAUGUCUUCUCCCUGGAGCUCAAGAACAUAGACCAUGGCGCUGAGCUGGACUGUGAUUUGGGCGAUGGGCAGCUUUACAGAGCUCAGUGGCUGGACGGACUGGCGGUGAACUGCAGUGGAGUGACCCUAAAAACUACAAUGUGGAGCAAGAAAUUCCAACUGAAUCUGCGGAGAAGAGGAACCAGCACAUAUAUAGACAGUCCAGAGCCAAUGACAGUGGAGGUGUAUAGCUGCAGCGCGGGCGACAGCGACUGCUCUCAGUGUUGGGGCCGUCAGACGCAGGGCCACAUGUGUGUCUGGUGUGAAAACAGCUGUCAGCAGCGGGAUCAGUGCCACGCCAUCACCACACGCUGCCCAGACCCACACAUACAGAAGGUCGAGCCGCUGUCGGGGCCGCUGACCGGCGGGACACUGCUCACGGUGCAGGGCAGGAACCUCGGACACAGCGCCACUCAGCUCAGCGUCUCCAUCGGCCAUGUGCCCUGCAGUGUACUGCCACAACACUACACUGUCUCAGCCAGGUUGGUUUGUGAGACUGGUGCAUCGUGGGAACAGACGAGCGAUCAUGUGACAGUGAGAGUGGCCGGGAACGCUGUGGGCGUUUCAAAGGACAUCUUCUCCUUUGUGGAGCCCAGACUGCAGGAGUUCACGCCGCGGCAGGGUCCCCUCGCUGGAGGAACCAGACUCACCAUCCACGGCCAGUUCCUGGACGCUGGAUCCACAGUCAACGUCGAGAUCAACCAGACUCAGAACUGCACCAUCUUCAUGCUUUCCAGGGACGUCAUCAAGUGUGUGAUGCCUCCAGCCAAACCGGCCGUCGCUGAGAAUGUGUCGGUGUGUGUGGUGUAUGACGACCGGCCGUGCCUCAGCGCUUCACCCAGCUUCACAUUCACCUAUGAGAAAAACCCUACUAUCAGUCACAUCAGACCCAACAAAAGCUUCCUCAGCGGUGGUCGCAGUAUCUCGGUCACUGGAUAUGGCUUCAAUCUGGUGCAAUCUGUCAGGAUGGAGGUGUCUGGAGUCGGACAGACGAGCUGCUCCUAUGUGUCGUCUACUCUGAUCAUUUGUCAGUCUCCUGCCGCCAAUCAAUCCCAGCAGGCCAUGGCUCGCUUCUACCUCAAUGAGGUGCUGUACAGAGGAGAGGAUGCAUCUCCAUCAGGACGAGGGCCGGACGAGGACGAGGAGCCUCACGCUGAUGCCUUUCACUUUGACUACGUGGAGGAUCCGCAGUUCUAUACGGCCAACAAAGAGAAACUCAUCAAACAUCAUCCCGGAGAGCCUCUCAUCCUCAUCAUCAAUAAAGGGCCAAGCGAGCUGGACCUGACGCUGCAGGAAUACUCUGUGACGAUUGGCUCAGAUCUCUGUGACAUCACCUUCCACAACGAGCAGCUGUUCCACUGCACCAUCAACAGAUCCCUGAGUGCCAGCACUGGAGAACUGCCCGUUACCGUGCGUGUGGGUCAUUUCCAGAAGGUGAUAGCGAUGGUGCAGAUGGGUGGAGGCAGUGAGCUGGCCAUCAUCGUCUCCAUCGUGGUGUGCUGUGUGCUGCUGCUGCUGUGCACUGUGGCGCUGGUGGUUUACUGCACUAAGAGCCGCAGGGCAGAGAGGUAUUGGCAGAAGACUCUGUUACAGAUGGAGGAGAUGGAGUCCCAGAUCCGUGAUGAGAUACGCAAAGGUUUUGCGGAGCUGCAGACUGAUAUGACGGAUCUGACUAAAGAGCUGAGCCGCACACAGGGAAUCCCCUUCCUGGAGUACAAGCAGUUCGUCACACGCACCUUCUUCCCCAAGAUGUGCUCUGACUAUGAGAGGCGUCUGGUUCAGCCCAUGUAUGAGAACGAUCCUCUCGGCCCGCGAGCUCUGUCUGAGACGCAUCCUCUGCUCCAGGACUGGCAGUCGUCUAACAGCGUGCGGCCCAACCUAGAGGAGGGAAUCACCCUGUUUUCCACUCUUCUCAACAACAAACACUUCCUGGUCACCUUUGUUCACGCUCUCGAGCAGCAGAAAGACUUUGCCGUAAGAGACAGGUGCAGUCUUGCCUCUCUGCUCACGAUUGCCCUCCAUGGUAAACUGGAGUACUACACCAGCAUCAUGAAGGAGUUGCUAGUGGAUUUGAUCGACGCUUCAGCCUCCAAAAACCCCAAACUGAUGCUCCGGCGGACUGAGUCAGUGGUGGAGAAGAUGCUCACCAACUGGAUGUCCAUCUGCAUGUACAGCUACCUUAAGGAGACGGUCGGCGAGCCGUUCUUCCUGCUGCUGUGCGCCAUCAAGCAGCAGAUCAACAAGGGCUCGAUCGACGCCAUCACGGGGAAGGCGCGCUACACGCUCAACGAGGAGUGGCUUCUUCGAGAAAACAUCGAAGCCAAACCGCAGAACAUCAACGUCUCCUUCCAAGGCUUCGGUAUGGACUCAGUGAGUGUACGUGUGAUGAACACGGACACCAUCUGUCAAGUGAAGGACAAAAUACUAGAGGCCUUUUACAAGAACCUGCCCUUUUCUCAGUGGCCUCGAGAAGAGGAUGUUGAUCUGGAGUGGUUCCCAGAGGGCCGCAGCAGCAGAAUCCUGCAGGAUCUUGACAACACAUCUGUCAUGGAGGACGGCAGAAAAAAACUCAACACCGUCUUCCACUAUCAGAUCCCAGAUGGAGCAUCACUGGCCAUGAGCAUGAAGGACAAGAGAGAGAACACACUGGGCCGAGUGAAAGAUCUGGACACAGAGAAAUAUGUUCAUCUGGUGCUGCCACACGACGAGCUGACAGAGAGCAGGAAGUCCCACAGACACAAUCACAGGAAGAAGGUGUUACCUGAGAUCUACCUGACGCGCCUGCUCUCCACUAAGGGAACCCUGCAGAAGUUCCUGGACGAUCUGUUUCAAGCCAUCCUCAGCAUUCCUCCAGAGAAACCACCGCUAGCUAUCAAAUACUUCUUUGACUUUCUAGAAGAACAGGCGGACAAGCGCGGCAUAACCGACCCCGACACGUUACACAUCUGGAAGACCAACAGUUUGCCUCUGCGCUUCUGGGUCAAUAUCCUGAAGAACCCUCAGUUUGUGUUUGAUAUCGAUAAGACGGAUCACAUGGACGCGUGUCUGUCUGUCAUCGCUCAGGCUUUCAUUGACGCCUGCUCACUCUCUGACCUGCAGCUGGGCAAAGAUUCUCCCACCAAUAAGCUGCUGUAUGCCAAAGAGAUCCCGGAGUAUAAGAAGAGAGUGCAGUGUUACUACAAGCAGAUUCAAGAGAUGGCGCCGCUGAGCGAGCAGGAAAUGAACGCUCACCUGGCCGAGGAGUCGCGGAGAUACAGGAAUGAGUUCAACACUAACCUGGCCGUAAUGGAAGUCUACAAGUAUGCCAAGAGAUAUCGCAAUCAGGUGGUGAGCGCGCUGGACUCGAGCCCGACGGCUAGACGCACUCAGCUGCAGCACAAGUUUGAGCAGGUCAUUGCACUGGUGGAAGACAACAUCUAUGAGUGCAGCAGUGAGGCCUGAACGCCGCCUCAAAGGACAGAAGCCCUGACGCCCAUAUCUGAUCAAAACUGUCCCACAUUCACUGAAUCAAUGAGGAUAAUCAAGUGAAGUAGUGAGGGGGAAACGUCCAUAAUGUUUCACUGCUUGUUCUUGCUAUGAUGAGUUUGUUGGUUUUCAAUCACUAUAGUAUUCCACUAUUGACUUUGACUAGGAGUUUGUUUAAUUAAUUGUGGACUCCAGGGUCCUGAGGCCUGCAGUCAUGUGACGCACUGACCCCACGCUUGGGGAGAGCCACUUAUGCACUGGAUUAUACAAGACCUUCUCCAUAGCAAUAUUUAUAGCUGUAUGAUGAUUUCAUAGUGUUAUUUGAAUAACGUUUCUCUGAUGGGAUAUUUGUGCCUGCACUGUUCAACAGCAGUCCAUUUUAAUUCCACGAUGCCUUGGACUACAAGUUACUAUAUGAUUAACAUAUAAUAGGCUUGAAUGAGACUGUUGCAUUUGUAUUAAUUAUUAUUAGUUGAAGGGUUUGGGUCUUUCUUUGGGUCCAAACCAAAGUGUGUGCAUCAUUUUUGUAGAUAUUCUGCUGGAAAUGUUAAAAUUUUUUGGAGAAAGAGGGAAAUUUUAUCAAU